AUGCCUAACAAAGCUCAGGAGGAUGCUGUGAUUAACCUGAAGACGCUGCAGGAGAUUUCCACUCAGCUUGGUUUUGAGUGGACCAUUCUAGCGUCUGAGCUUGGCUUCAACAGAUCUGAGAUCAGCCGGUUCCACACCAGGUCAACAGAGAAGAGUGUGCAUGCCAGGGCCAUGUUGGAGAGCUGGUAUGAGAAGUCAUGGGACAAGCCUAAUAAGACCAAGUUGCUUCAGGAUGGUCUGGAGCAAGCAGGCAGACGGGACCUGGCUGAGAGGCUGCGCUGUCUCCACUGGGGCCACCAGAAGCUGAGCCGCAGGGUGGAGCUGCCCUCCGCCUUCCCCUUCCUCAUCACAGUCCACAAGACCAUCCACAACCAGGACGCCCUGAACAGGAUCAACGAGCUCAACCGCAGAUAG